AAAAAGGUGAACUUUCUAGAAUGGAAGAGGGAACAUGGGCACCGAGAAGCUCUGGUCUUGCGUCGCUACCGCGUCACAGGGAGAGACGACUACAAGAAGUAUUCGGGAUUGUGUAGAAUGACACAGAAGCUGGUGAAUAUUUUGAAGCAGAUGGACGCGAGAGAUCCUUUUCGGAUUGAGAUGACUGAUGCCCUUCUAGAAAAGCUGUACAACAUCGGUGUUAUAUCAGAAAGGAAAAGUUUAGCAUUGUGUGAAAAAUUAUCAGUGUCAUCUUUCUGCCGACGUAGACUCUCCACUGUCUUGGUGAGGCUGAAGUUUGCUGAACACUUGAAGGAAGCUGUGACUUAUAUAGAACAGGGGCAUGUUCGAGUUGGACCAGAUACUAUUACCGAUCCAGCAUAUCUAGUUACCAGAAACAUGGAAGACUUUAUUACAUGGGUAGACACGUCAAAGAUUAGAAGAAAGGUUUUGGAGUACAAUGAUAAGUUGGAUGACUAUGAUGCAAUGCACUGAUUCAGUCAUGUAACUGAUAUUAGAUUUGUGUUUUCCUUUUUAUUUUCAUCUUUGGACACAAUCUAAUGCGUUUUUAUUUAUUACAGAGUUGUAUUUAUUUUUAAAUAUUUGCUAGUUUACCUUAUCUUAGCUGUUUCCUUAAAUACAGAACCUUGCUGAUCAUUCUGAAAACAUUGCUACUUGCUA